AUGGCGACUAAUCCAAAGGUGAAUAAAGCCAUUCAAUCGGUAUUAAAGAUAAUUCAGUCUUUAGUUGAGAAGAAUUACAAGAAUUUGGAAAAAGAAUACUACUUAGACUCAAUGGACGACUCUAUUUUUACAACUGGAAAUUCACAAAUUCAGGACGUAUUGAAGAAAAUAGAAUUGGAGUAUUCUAUUACUGCCACCGAUGAAUUUUCGGAAAGUCAAAAAAAUGAAGUUGAACAAUAUAAUGAAAGUAUAAAUACUAAUGUGCAAGAUUUUAUCCUUUUGUCUGCAUUCCAUUCUUCAAUUCAAUCAAGAAUCGAAAAUUAUAUUCAAUCCGAAACCACUUCAAAACACGAUUUCUUUAAUUCAUUGGCAUUGAUUUUAGAUUUUGAAUUAUCGUAUGCGGCAAAUGUGAAUUUAAAAUGCAAUACUAUAUUUUAUGACAGCUUGAGGCAAGUUACCAGACUGUUAAUGUCCAUUUCUACUGCAACAAUUGAAGGAUUUUGGGGUUAUUUUGAAUCAAGACUUGGCGUCAUUAUGAACAAAAUAUUCGGGAAUACAACCGUAGAAAGAAUUUCACUUUUAUAUACCUUUAAUUAUUUGACGGAUAAAUUUCAGUCCAAGGAUGAAUCAGGUAAAAGGGAUUCUUACAAACGAGAUAGUUUUAAUGAUACAUUUCAUGCGAGAGUUCGCUUUCUUGUGGUUAAUAUUUUAGAUUUUGAGGAUAAUACUGGUUUAAACAAAUACUUUCUGGUCUCCAAUAGAACAUCGCCGAGUCUUCAAUCGAACGAUCCUUAUUUGGCAAAUAUACUUGAAAUUCAAAAGCUUUUGAGAGAUCCCUUGCAUUAUUUAAAGCCAGAAAACCACAAGCAGUUAAAGACAUUAUCCGACAAAUGUAAGAAAGUUGCUGAGGAAAUUAUCAACAAGGAGUAUCGAUUCAGAAUGGAUUACCCAUUACAUGAUCAAUUCCACAUUGUUCCCCCAAAAUCAGAUGACGAACAGGAAUAUUUGAUGGAAAAGUAUUCAAAAUUGACUUAUGUUCCAGAAACUUACUUCACUUCCUUGUUUAAGAAUAAAGAAAGAAAGCUGCAAUUCGAAGAUAAAUUAUUGUUUGAGUCUUCAAUGAAACAAUCUACAACCAGAAUGCAAUACUUAUUUCUGAUCUGUGUGGUAGCCCACUUGGUUAUAGAGCUGCUGCAAAAGUAUAAGCGACAAUUUUUAGACUCAUUGGGUGCAUCUUCAAAUGUGAACCACUUUAUCGAUUUUUCAGCACCAGAUGAAGUUGUAAAGACAUUCAUAAUAACCAAAAGGGAAACCCUAAGCGCUAUCAAAGAUUUUAAUAUGCAAUAUUCAUACUUCAUACAACAUUUGUUGUUAUCAGAAAAAUAUUUGUGGGGUUGGGUUAUAUAUGGUAAAGAUCCAAAGACCAAAAAGCCAUUGCUAGCUGAUAAACAAACAACAGUUGAACAACUUGAGAAAGUAUCAGAAGAUUUUAAAAAUGUGUAUCGCUACAAGGAUUCACGAUACUUUAACACUUAUGUUACACCACAAGUCACUAGAAAGAUGAGAACAAAGCGCGGACUAUCUGAAUUGGAUUCCGUCGAUGCAUUUGCAAUUGAAGAUACAAAACGAAAUGUCGAAGAUAUUGAUUAUGAACUAUCAAGCACAGACGAUAUCAAUACCAAGCAUGAAUUAUUAGAAAAGAAAUCAUUACUUUCCUGGAGAUUAUUAAGAAAUGAACGAUCAAACAAUUGGUUUGAUGCUGCACAAAAAUUUAGAGAGGAAAUGUUAUCACAUCAAGAAGAGAUCAAACUUGAUGAAGAUGAUAUAGAAGAUGGUGAUGAUGAAGAUAUGCCGGAUGUUGCAGAAGGGAAUGCAGCCACAGAGAAUGAAGGCAAAAGACAGUUGGAAGAAGAUAAAGAUGAAGCAAAUGAUACUAAGAGAACGAAACUUGUUAAAGAGAACACAAAUUCAGAUUUACAGGAGUCUCACGUUACCCCACAAUUACAGCAGGAGCCUGAAGCUGAAAAACCAAAGGAUGAACUGGAUGAAAUUAAACCGGAAUUAGAAGAACCUGCUAAAUCAGAUCAAGGUAUUGAAACUGGAGGUAAUGAUGAGAAAUAA